AGCAGGAGGGGAAGAGGCCAUGAUCCGGAUAAUGAUCUCAUGGCCCGGCUGCCAUGGAGAGUUACAGCCCCUGCGAAUGACGGCGCGUCUGCGGCGGUGACAAGCACAUACGGGCUGGUCAAAAGGUGGCACUGACCAGUGACAGGGAGAGCGCCCGCCCUGUGAGGGGACAGGACACAUCGCACCGUCCUUCAGGAGGAGCCGGGUCCGUCUCCGUGCGUGCGGCGUCCUCCGACCUCAGCCGGCUGCGGUGCAUUGCGGUUAACCCUUGGCACGGAACAUCCGAUGUCUACUCCAACAGAUCCGGGGGCAAUGCCUCACCCGGGACCAUCCCCAGGUCCUGGUCCUUCCCCGGGGCCAAUUUUAGGACCUAGCCCAGGACCAGGGCCUUCCCCAGGAUCCGUACACAGCAUGAUGGGUCCAAGUCCAGGCCCGCCCAGCGUCUCCCAUCCGCUUUCUAACAUGGGCCCGUCAGAUUAUACACCGGAGAACAUUCACCAGAUGCAUAAGCAGCCCUUGGAGAGCAUGCAUGAUAAAGGAGUUUCUGAUGAAAUGCACUGUGCUACUAUGAAAAGCUCAAGUAUGAGGCCACCUCUUGCUGGGAUGGGUCCUCCGCAGAGUCCCAUGGAUCAACACAGUCAAGGGUACAUGUCUCCUCAUCCAUCACCUUUGGGGGCUCCUGAACAUGUAUCUAGCCCAAUGUCUGGUGGAGGGCCAACACCACCACAGAUGCCUCCAGCACAGCCUGGACUCAUGAUGCAAGGAGAGCAACAAGUUAUUAGUCAGCCUGGUCGUGGUCCCUCUGCUUUCAGCCAGGUUCAACUUCACCAGUUGCGUGCUCAGAUUUUGGCUUACAAAAUGUUGGCAAGAGGGCAGCCGUUGUCAGAAAAUCUGCAACUUGCUGUACAAGGAAAGAGGACCUUGCCUGCAAUUCAGCAACAGCCACCACCACAAGCACAACAGCCACCACCACAGCAGGCUCCUUCUAAUUACAUUCGACCACAAGGUAUGGCAAUGCACCCAAUGAGUGUCACUCCUUCUGGUGCAGGACCUGCACCUGGAAUGCCUGGACAUGUUUCUACAAUGGCUUUAAAGCCCUGGGGAGAAGGUCAAACUUCUGAUCUCAAUGUCCCAAGUACCCCACAGAAACUUUCUGUGCCACCGCCAAGUGGCAGACCAUCGCCAGCACCACCUGCAGCUUCACCCUCUGUUGCUUUGCCUGGUCCAUCGGUUCCACAGCCAACACCUGCUCCUCUUGUUCAACUCCAGCAAAAACAGAACCGAAUAAGUCCAAUCCAGAAGCCCCAGGGCUUAGAUCCUGUUGAAAUUCUACAAGAAAGAGAAUACAGACUUCAGGCUCGUAUUGCCCAUCGGAUCCAGGAACUGGAAAACUUACCUGGCUCUCUGCCACCUGAUCUGAGAACAAAAGCUACAGUGGAGUUAAAAGCUCUCAGACUUCUAAACUUCCAGCGACAGCUGAGACAGGAGGUUGUGGCGUGCAUGCGUCGGGAUACCACACUUGAGACAGCCCUUAAUUCCAAGGCUUACAAGAGAAAUAAGAGACAAACUCUCCGUGAAGCCCGUAUGACUGAGAAACUUGAAAAGCAACAGAAAAUUGAACAAGAGCGGAAACGGAGACAGAAGCACCAGGAGUAUCUCAACAGUAUAUUGCAACAUGCUAAAGACUUCAAAGAAUAUCACAGGUCGGUCACCGGCAAAAUCCAGAAACUUUCAAAGGCUGUUGCUACAUGGCAUGCCAACACUGAACGAGAACAAAAGAAAGAAACUGAACGAAUUGAGAAAGAAAGAAUGAGAAGAUUGAUGGCAGAAGAUGAGGAAGGCUACCGUAAGCUUAUUGACCAGAAAAAGGAUCGUCGUCUGGCCUACCUCCUCCAACAGACCGACGAGUAUGUGGCUAAUCUUACCAGUUUGGUUUGGGAGCAUAAACAAGCUCAGGCUGCCAAGGAGAAAAAGAAGAAGAGAAGGAAGAAGAAGGUGGAAGAAAAUGCAGAAGGAAUGGGAUCUGGUCUUGGGCCUGAUGGAGAGCUAAUAGAUGAAAGCAGUCAGAUGAGCGACCUACCUGUAAAGGUUAUUCAUACGGAGACAGGGAAAGUGCUGCUUGCUCCAGAAGCACCUAAAGCCAGUCAGCUUGAGACUUGGCUGGAGAUGAACCCGGGAUACGAAGUAGCUCCGAGAUCUGACAGUGAGGGAAGUAGUUCGGAGUAUGAAGAGGAGGAUGAUGAUGAUGAAUCUAGCAGACUGGACUCAGAUGAAAAGAAACGUUUGGGUCUGAAUGCAGAGGGCAUUGUGGAUAACAGUGCGAAGCAGAUAAUUGAGACUGCAAAGCAAGAUGUUGAUGAUGAGUAUAGUUUGCAGGCUGAUGCCGAACAAUCUCAGUCAUAUUAUGGAGUGGCUCAUGCAAUCAUAGAAAGGGUGGAGAAGCAAUCAUCCUUUCUCGUCAACGGUUCCCUUAAGCAUUACCAGGUCCAGGGCUUGGAAUGGAUGGUUUCUCUCUAUAACAACAAUUUAAAUGGAAUUCUUGCUGAUGAAAUGGGGCUUGGAAAGACAAUUCAGACUAUUGCACUCAUAACCUAUCUGAUGGAGCACAAAAGACUUAAUGGCCCCUAUCUCAUUAUUGUUCCACUCUCGACAUUAUCGAACUGGCAGUAUGAGUUUGAUAAAUGGGGUCCUACUGUGGUGAAGAUCGCUUACAAGGGAACUCCUGCAAUGAGACGCUCUCUGGUCCCACAACUCAGGAGUGGAAAAUUCAAUGUCCUCUUGACAACCUACGAAUACAUUAUUAAAGACAAGCACAUCCUUGCAAAGAUACGAUGGAAGUACAUGAUUGUGGAUGAAGGCCAUAGGAUGAAGAAUCACCACUGCAAGUUAACACAAGUCUUGAACACCCAUUAUGUGGCUCCAAGACGUAUUCUUCUAACUGGCACACCACUCCAGAACAAACUGCCUGAGCUUUGGGCCCUCUUGAAUUUCCUUUUGCCCACUAUCUUUAAAAGCUGCAGUACUUUUGAACAGUGGUUCAAUGCUCCUUUUGCCAUGACAGGAGAGAGGGUGGAUUUGAAUGAAGAAGAAACUAUAUUGAUCAUCCGCCGUCUGCAUAAAGUGCUACGCCCCUUCUUGUUGAGACGGUUGAAAAAAGAAGUGGAGUCGCAGUUACCAGAGAAGGUUGAAUAUGUAAUUAAAUGCGAUAUGUCAGCCCUCCAGAAGGUUCUAUAUCGCCAUAUGCAAGCAAAAGGUAUUCUCCUUACCGAUGGUUCAGAAAAAGACAAAAAGGGAAAAGGUGGCGCCAAGACUCUAAUGAAUACCAUCAUGCAGCUGCGAAAGAUCUGUAACCACCCUUUCAUAUUUCAACACAUUGAGGAAUCCUUUGCUGAACAUCUGGGAUACUCUAAUGGGAUCAUCAACGGGCCUGAUCUCUACAGAACUUCAGGAAAGUUUGAAUUACUUGAUCGAAUACUACCAAAGCUUCGAGCCACAAAUCACAGGGUUUUGCUGUUCUGUCAGAUGACUUCACUCAUGACUAUCAUGGAAGACUACUUUGCUUUUCGAAGCUUCCUUUACCUUCGACUUGAUGGCACAACAAAGUCAGAGGAUCGUGCUGCAUUGCUAAAGAAGUUCAAUGAAGAAGGCUCACAGUACUUUAUUUUCUUACUGAGUACCAGAGCUGGAGGCUUGGGGUUGAACCUCCAGGCUGCAGAUACUGUCGUUAUUUUUGACAGCGACUGGAAUCCUCAUCAGGACCUUCAGGCACAGGACAGAGCGCACAGGAUUGGUCAACAGAAUGAGGUGCGCGUGUUACGUCUGUGCACCGUUAACAGUGUGGAGGAGAAGAUUCUUGCAGCCGCUAAAUACAAGCUGAAUGUUGAUCAGAAAGUCAUUCAAGCGGGCAUGUUUGAUCAGAAAUCUUCAGGCCAUGAAAGAAGGGCAUUUCUGCAAGCCAUUCUGGAACAUGAAGAGCAGAAUGAGGAGGAAGACGAAGUCCCCGAUGAUGAGACCCUGAAUCAGAUGAUUGCACGCCACGAGGAAGAGUUUGACCUGUUCAUGCGAAUGGAUCUAGAUAGACGCAGAGAGGAUGCUCGAAAUCCAAACCGCAAGCCACGUUUGAUGGAAGAAGAUGAUCUUCCCUCCUGGAUCAUUAAAGAUGACGCUGAAGUUGAACGUCUCACUUGUGAAGAGGAAGAGGAGAAAAUAUUUGGCAGAGGGUCACGCCUGCGUAGGGAUGUGGAUUACAGCGAUGCUCUUACAGAUAAGCAGUGGCUUAGGGCUAUCGAGGACGGAAAUUUGGAGGAAAUGGAAGAGGAAGUCCGGCUGAAAAAACGCAAGCGGCGAAGAAACGUGGACAAAGAUGUUGUGGUAAAAGAUGAUGGAGAAAAACGCGAGAAAAAAAGAAGAGGCCGUCCUCCAGCUGAAAAGUUAUCCCCAAACCCACCUAAACUAACCAAACAGAUGAAUGCAAUAGUUGACACCGUAAUAAACUACAAGGACAGCUCUGGGCGGCAGCUAAGUGAAGUUUUCAUACAGCUCCCAUCUAGAAAAGAGUUACCAGAAUAUUAUGAGUUAAUCCGCAAACCAGUUGACUUUAAAAAGAUAAAGGAAAGAAUUCGCAAUCAUAAAUACAGAAGUAUAAGUGACCUAGAAAAGGAUGUCAUGCUGCUCUGCCACAAUGCACAGACAUUCAAUCUAGAAGGAUCCCAGAUAUACGAGGAUUCUAUUGUUCUACAAUCAGUCUUCAAGAGUGCAAGACAAAAAAUUGCAAAAGAAGAUGAGAGUGAAGAAGACAGCAAUGAGGACGACGAUGAGGAGGAUGAAGAUGAAUCAGAAUCUGAGGCAAAAUCAGUGAAAGUAAAAAUCAAGCUGAAUAAAAAGGAUGAAAAGAAUCGAGAAAAGGGAAAAGGAAAGAAACGCCAGGGUCGUGUCAAAGCUAAACCAGUUGUCAGCGACUAUGACAGUGAUGAAGAUCAAGAUGAAAAUGAUCAGUCGGAAGGAAGCGGAAGUGAUGACGAGUGACUUACAUGAAAACUGUUUUGUGGACAGAAUUCUUCAUUUUCUAGCUUUCAUGCAUCCAAUUCAUGUUUUUUCUAAAAAAGAAAAAAUACACAAUGGGAAUGUUUCUGUAUUCAUCAUCUAGAGUUGACGUUAGACUAGUGGCAGGCAUACAUGAUCUCAUCGUGUAAAAAAAAAAAAAAAAAA